AUGUCCUCGCACGCAAAUCAGCCUGUCUGUCCUACUGUCACUGGAGUCACCAUUGAAUCCACGGCCGACGCUCUCAAAAUCGUAAAGGCAUGUCAAAAGCAAUACUUCCACUGUGUACCACGCCGCCCUCUGGACAACGAACGCUCAGAACUCAUAAAGUCUGGACAUGUCUUCGUCUACGAAGAGAACGAAUCCCGAAUAAAGAGAUGGACGGACAGCAUUCGGUGGAGCCCCAGCAGGGCUAUGACAAACCUUCUGGUCUAUCGUGAGGUGUUUGACAAGUUCAAACCGGGUGGAAGAAGGGUUAUUAGGCCAAACGCUAGAAACCCCCGUAUGCAGCCAUAUUCGUCAUCAGGUCGGCCGUCUUCUCGUGGCCAUGACCAGGGUGAUGGCCAUCUAGACGGCUCUCCAUCUCCUCAGGAGAUGGGCCAGGAUUUACCAGUUCUGGAUCCAUUGCUUCAGGCCCUUCGCCCUGAGGAGAGGAAGGCCGUGGUGGGGUCUCUCCACGAUUCAUACCUCUUCAAGGAGGAUGGAUUGUGUAAGAAGACUCUGGCGGUCACAAUCGACCAAUAUAAGUAUCACAUCGUGGCUUAUUUCAAGAUAUCGGAUGUCUUGAACAAGAUCUUGAGGCGACCAGAGGAAAUCUAUCCAUUCCUCAGGGAGAUUGAUGUGAGGGGCGUGGCCGAGAUGAAUCCCAGAUAUAAACACCACAUUGAUGUUUCUGGAAGGUAUGAUAAGGAUGGACAGCCACUGUAUGAUGACGAUAAAGACGGAAUGCAAGAUACGGAUGUAUACGAUAGCGGUUCGAGUGACAUGGGUGAUAUACAGCAUCAGCAAGAGCCUCCGCCAGAACGUCAGCUACCACUACCACUCCGGAAUCCCCACGGCGGGUACAGGCACGAGAUAGUCGAAAUCCCGUACGGGCAUCAGCAAGUACUGCAUCAGCAUCAGCAACAGCAUCACCAGCACCACCACCACCAGCAAUUUCUGCAGCAACAAUCAUUUCCCCCAUUGCAGCAUCAACACAUCCAGCAACAAAUGCCGACCCAUCCGCAUAUGCAGCAGUUAUGCACGAUGCCUUUCCAACAACUCUCUGAAGCGGCAACUUUCCAACCGCUGCAGGAACCUGCCAUCCCACAGGAUAGCAACCUCUUCGCAUUGCGAGCCGCCCUUUCCGUACCGGAGGCCUGCCAAUAUGGAGCCAAGCGUCCAGCACUUUUCUAA